CACUUCGCUGUGAAGAUGGCGUCGGGCAGCGGGACAAAAAACUUGGACUUUCGCCGAAAGUGGGACAAAGAUGAAUACGAGAAACUCGCGGAGAAGAGACUCACAGAAGAGAGAGAAAAGAAGGAUGGAAAACCAGUGCAGCCCGUCAAGCGGGAGCUUCUUCGGCACAGAGACUACAAGGUGGACUUGGAGUCCAAGCUUGGGAAGACAAUCGUCAUUACCAAGACAACCCCACAGUCUGAAAUGGGAGGCUACUACUGCAAUGUCUGUGACUGUGUGGUGAAGGACUCCAUCAACUUCCUGGACCACAUUAAUGGAAAGAAACAUCAACGAAACCUGGGUAUGUCUAUGCGUGUGGAACGCUCCACUCUGGAUCAGGUAAAGAAACGUUUUGAGGUCAACAAGAAGAAGAUGGAAGAGAAGCAGAAAGAUUAUGAUUUUGAGGAAAGGAUGAAGGAACUCAGAGAAGAGGAGGAAAAGGCUAAAGCAUACAAGAAGGAGAAGCAGAAGGAGAAGAAAAGGAGGGCCGAGGAGGACUUGACAUUUGAGGAGGAUGGCGAGAUGGCGGCUGUGAUGGGCUUCUCUGGCUUUGGCUCCGCCAAGAAGAGCUACUGAGGCGUUCUCUUGGGCCUAACUUUGGCCUGUACUGGACCUAACUUUGAGUGUGUGUUGAGGUGGGGUGGGGUGUCAUUUCUUUUUUGGGUACUGGAGAAAGUCCUUAAGAGUGUUAAUGGGCAGGGGUGGAGGGUGGGUUUUUGUGGUUUCCCUCUACGUUGGGAAGAGGGCACAGGAUGUAGAGGUGAUGCUGUGGCAGAUUCUGUCAGCCACAGUAUAUUACUGGAGUCACAGAACCUCUGCCCAUCUGUGUUCCCAAUAAAGAAAGACCUCCCUCUUUGAGGCUGCUUUCCCCAAAUUCCCCUGCAUCUUUCCCUCUUCAUCUGUCCAACCUCUUGUCUGAACAUCCUCCCUUUUCCUGUGUUCUGCUUUUGUUUUAAUCUUUAAUCUUCUUCUGCCUGCAACAGAAGGGUUGUCUGGCAUAGCCUUGGCCAGCUCCUCCUCCCAUCCUGCCCAGCGGUUCUCUAGCCACCUGUGCAUGCCUGUGACUUCUGCCUGGGUCAACGUGUGUGUGGGUAUGUGUGCAUGAUAUGUCUGAGCUAGAAUCUCAGAGCAUUGCUGCCCUGGGGCCUAAUGUUCUUGGUUUCCUCGGUGCAUGUAACAGGAAAUUAAAUGGAUGAGUGUUUGGUGUGGCUUGUGUCUGGUGAGUUUUUAACCUUGUUUCUUCUGUUUCACUUCACUGAGGAUUUCUCUUUUUGUCUUCCUCGGGAACAGGUUCUUGGAAGAACCUGUUUGAUGCAAAAAAGAAUGAAAACAACAAGACAAAAGAACCCUAAAACCAAACAAACUCUGGGAGACCUUGGUUCUCAGACACUGUUCAACGUGUACAAUAAAUGACACUGACUGGGCCUGUUUCA